AUGGCGAAGAAGUGUGUUCACAAGGGCUGCGGCAAGACGUACGACGACGACAACGAGGAGUGUGUUUACCAUCCCGGCCCACCAAAAUUCCAUGAGGGGCAGAAAGGCUGGGAAUGCUGCAAGCCUCGCGUCCUGACCUUUGACGAGUUCCUUGCAAUCGAGCCCUGCACAAAGGGAAAGCACUCUGACGUCGACGACACCCCCAAGCCAGAACCCGUCCAGGCCCCAGACGUACCCAAUGGCACCCAAGUCAACCUCGGAUCGCUAGAGGAAUCGCUGCCUGCGCCUGUGCCGAGACUACCUACCGCACAAGCUACGCCCAAGCCAUCGGCUUCGCCCGCACCGCCGCCAGAGUCCGAAGACGACGACCCGAGUCUGGAGAUCAAGGAGGGCAUGACGUGCAGGCGGAAAGGAUGCGGCGCUGUGCACAAAGGAGGCAAUCGGGAAGAAGAGAGCUGUGUGCAUCACCCUGGCGCGCCCAUCUUCCACGAGGGCAGCAAGGGGUGGAGUUGCUGUAAGAGGAGGGUCAUGGAGUUUGACCAGUUUAUGAAGAUCGAGGGGUGCAAGACAAAAGACAGACAUCUCUUCGUCGGUAGCGGGAAGAAGAAAGAGGGCGAGGAGAAGCUGGAGACGGUUCGACACGACUACUACCAAACCGCAACCUCAGUUGUCGCCUCCCUCUACCUCAAGAAAAUCGACAAGGCAACCGCCGUCAUUGACUUCCAACCACAGCAUGUCAAACUCGAUUUGCCCACUACAGAUAGCAAGCGCUACCAGACCGAGUUUCCCCUCUUCUCGACUAUCAAACCUGAAGAGAGCAAGUUCAGAAUACUAGGCACCAAGCUCGAGAUGACCCUGGUCAAGGCGGAUGGAGCUAGUUGGCCCGUUCUUAGGAGCGACGAUAAACCUACUGGGGAGAUGAUACAGUUUACUAAACAUUAUUUCCAAGGUACUGAGGCGUGUAAGAGCGAGAAGCGCGGAAAGUGCACAAAUACCAAUUCUACUCCAUCCUCUCAUUGUCAAACAUCAACACCGAUAACAACAUCAACAACAACGAUAUCGCCAAAUAACUCCAUACCAGCAAUGCCACUCUCCAAGCUCAUCGCCAUCGUCGCCGGUGUUGGCCCUGGAACUGGCGCCUCCGUCGCCCGCAAGUUCUCAUCUCACUACCCCGUCGUCCUGCUCGCCCGUAAACCAGAGAACUACGAGGGCCUUGCCAAGGAAAUCAACAGCGCUGGCGGCAAAGCAAUCGGCAUCAGAACCGACGUCUCGUCCAAGGACAGUCUAGCCAAGGCGGUGGAAGGCAUCAAGCAAGAAUUCGGCCAAGACGUCGCCGCUGCUGCAGCAAUCUUCAACGCCAGCGGACCCUUUAUGCGAAAGCCGUUUUUGGAGAUUCCAGCCGAAACAUUCUCCUCUAGUCUCGAUGUUUCUGCCAUGGGCGGCAUCUUGUUCUCGCAAUCUUUCCUCCCGCUCCUGCUCAAAGGGGUGGGAAGCUCGGAACACCCGCCUAGUCUCAUCUUCACGGGCGCAACGGCGAGCGUGAAGAGCAAUGCGCAGAUGGCGAGCUUUUCAACGGGCAAGUGGGCGUUGAGAGCGCUGAGCCAGAGUUUGGCAAGGGAGUUUGGCCCUCAGGGCGUGCAUGUUGCGCAUGCGAUUAUCGAUGGGGUUAUUGACAUUCCGAGGACGAGGGAGUGGUUGAAGGAUAUGCCUGCCGAGGCUAAACUGAGUGCCGACGCGAUUGCGAAUGAUUACUGGUGGUUGCAUACACAGCCCAAGACAAACUUUACAUGGGAGAUCGAUCUCAGGCCUGCAAUUGAGAAGUGGUAG